CUCACACCUUCUCCUCCGGCUUCUGCUGGCAAGGAAUCCUCCACACCACACCCAUGGCCUGCAACAACAUCUGCCGACCCUGCGGACCCACCCCACUGGCCAACAGCUGCAAUGAGCCCUGUGCCCUGCAAUGCCAGGACUCCCACGUUGUCAUCAACCCUUCCCCUGUGCAGGUCACCCUGCCAGGACCCAUCAUGACCUCCUUCCCCCAGAACACCGCCGUUGGAUCCACCUCCUCGGCUGCUGUGGGCACUGAACUCAGUGUGCAGGGACAGCCCAUCUCUGGUGGAUUUGGUGGCUUUGGCUACGGCCUUGGCUAUGGCCGUGGAUUUGGCUAUGGGCUGGGCUGUGGCUACGGGCUGGGAGGCCUGGGCUGCUAUGGCAGAAGGGGUGGCUACAUCUGCUAAGGGCCCUCGGCACCACUCCUGACAGCAGCAUCUCAUGGCUCACCAACAGCCUCUGCAAGCUUCUGCCAGCAAAGCAUCUCAGCUGGUGGCCCUGCUUGCACCUCACACCAGAUCCCUUCUUUCUCCUG